CUUAUUAUUUGUCCAAAGAUACUAAUCAAAGUCAACAAAAAAAAAAACACUCUGUGUCACAUAGAGCCCAAAAAGAUAAGGAGAGAGAGAGAAAGAGACUGUGACACUCCACCUCAAAACUCUCUCUCUUCUUCUUCUUCUUCUUUUUCUUCUUCGUCCUUAAUUUCUCUCUCUUCUGCAACACAAACAAACAAAUGGGUUCAAUGUCAAACCCUAACCCAUGGUCACCAUACGAUUCAUACAACGAUUGCUCUCAAGGAGUCUGUAACAUCUACUGCCCUCAAUGGUGUUACCUCAUCUUCCCUCCUCCUCCUCCUUCUUUCUUCCUAGACGACGACUCUUCCUCCUCUUCCUCCAACACCUUCUCCCCUCUCCUCAUCGCUCUCAUCGGAAUCCUCGUCUCCGCCUUCAUCCUCGUCAGCUACUACACUCUCAUCUCAAAAUACUGCCAUCGCCACCACUCCUCCUCCUCAGAUACUUCUUCUACUCUUAACCUUAACAACAAUCGUAACGGUGAAGGUACCUUCUCCUCCACGCAAAGACACUCCAAUACCAAUACUACUGGAGAUGGUCUCAACGAGUCUACGAUUAAAUCAAUCACGGUUUACAAAUAUAGAAAAGGAGAUGGUUUCGUCGAUGGUUCUGAUUGCUCUGUUUGUUUAAGCGAGUUCGAAGAGAACGAGAGCUUGAGACUGUUGCCGAAAUGUAACCACGCGUUUCAUCUUCCUUGUAUUGAUACUUGGUUGAAAUCUCACUCUAACUGUCCUCUUUGCCGCGCUUUCGUCACCGGAGUUAAUCAUCACACUCACACCACCACAACCGCGGUUGAUGAUGAUGAUGCUGACUCAAGACAACUCGUCGUAGCUAACCGAACCGUACCGGAAUCGGAAAUCGAUUCGAAUACAGCCGGUUCUCAAAAUCAAACCGGUGAUUUCGAUUUCGGUUCCGUUGUUGUUGUGAUCGAAGAUCUGGAAACCGGAUCUCGGAGUAGUAAUGACGGUAGAUCGGAAUUAGAGGAGCAACGAUGGGAGAGUAAGGAUGGAGAGUCGCAGCCGAUUCGGAGAUCGACGUCGCUGGACUCUGGUGUAGUGGUAUCGAUCGCUGAUGUUCUGAGAGAGAUUGAUGAUGAGGAGGAAGGCGAAGGAGAAACAGGCGGCGUCGGGACUUCGCGACGGAGAGAAGGUGACGACGAAGGGAAGACGACGGCGGCGAGUGAGAGAAGCGGAGUAUCGAGUUUUGUGGUGAGGAGUUUAUCGACGGGGAGAUUUGUUUUCUCGAGGUAUGAUCGAUCGAGAAAUUACCGUUUACCCAAUUAAAUUAAAACACGUUUCAUUUUGUUUUGUUUUUUAAGUAAAUGUUUCUUUGAAACAUCAAGUUAUAAAUAUCAUUGACUCUUUUUUUGUUGUUGUUAAUACUCUGUGCUUAGUAAUGUUUAGUUGUUUACUGAUAUAGUAAACACUUUUUGAAGAUUAAAGAAAAAAGUGAAAAAUAUAUUUAGGAGUAA